CCUUGCUUUCCAAAGCAGAGUGAAGAAGCUCAGCAACACCGAGGGUCUGAGAAGCAACUGGAUCAUGGUCCAUUCCUGCAGUCUGGCUCUUGGAUUUGGUCCCAAAAACUCAGAAUCAGUUUGGAUUUAACUGCACUCACCCCACAAGAUUUCUCAAUCUGUCAUCUCCAGUGGUUAAGGUUACAUCUGGUGUGACGCUGUGCAGGUUUACAUUGGUAAAGUGAACUCACUUGACCAAACUGAAAAUAGUGCAGGGAAAAUACAAAUCUAUAUAAGAUAACCAGGAAACAAGAUGUCAUCGCUUUUUCAUCGCAACAAGGAUUCUACUCGGACGCGGAAAUCACAGUCAGAUUCUCCACCUUCCUCUCCUUCACCGACAGCAAAGAACCUACGUCAUGAACGAUUAGCAAGGUUGGACUCUGGUGGCUCUAACCUCAGCUCUACAGAACCUUCCAGUGACCGAGCUGCCGCUCGUGCAAGUGCCUAUUACCGCAGGGAGAACCGCUUAGCAUCACUUGGAAGCAAAACUGAGGAUGAAAAAGAAAAGGAUUUCAAAAAGCUGUAUGAAAGUGCCUUCAAUGAAAAUGAGAAGCUCAAGAACAAUCUUCGGGAAGCUCACCUGGAGCUUGUAGAUAUCAAAGCCAAGCUAGAGCGAGUUGCAAAGAAACAAGACCAGUCUUCAAGUCAGUCAGGGUUGCUGGAGGCAGAGAAGAGGGAGAAAAGAGCUUUGGAGCGAAAGAUGUCUGAAAUGGAAGACGAGCUAAAGGCACUCACUGAUUUAAAAUCUGACAACCAGCGCCUGAAGGAUGAAAAUGGAGCCUUGAUCCGGGUGAUCAGCAAACUCUCUAAAUGACUCAUUGUGCAGUUAUAGAGGAUGGAAUUUCACAUGAGUGAGAACACACUGUGUGCCCCCUUAAUCAAACCGUGAUUGGCCCCUGUACAGCCAUCAAGUCACUGACUGUGUAGCUGCCAAUGUGAAAUGUACACUCCAUGUUAUUUUGUACAUAUAUUUGUUUGUAUAUCAGAGAAAAGAGAAGGAAUCGAUUUUUAAAAGAUUGGUACAGUGCA